AUGGCAUUCUCGUUUCCAGAUGACUAUGGCUAUGUAGUGCUUGCGCACUGCAUGUCCUGGAUCUCAAAUAUGUACCUGACCAUCAAUGUAGUCAAGGCGCGAAAGCAGUACGGGAUCAAGUAUCCAGCCCUCUACGCACCCGAUGGCCACCCAAAUGCCGAGAGUUUCAAUAGUGUGCAGCGAGCUCACCAGAACACCCUUGAGAAUUGGGCGCCGGUGCAAAUUCUCAUGGCCUUCAACGGCAUCUUGUACCCCAAGUUUGCAGCUUCUUGUGGCAUGAUCUGGGCAUUCGGCCGAAUUGUCUACGGAUAUGGCUACGCUAAGGGCGGACCAGACGGGCGCAUGGCCAACGCACGCUUCGCGCUGCAUCCGCUGGCGUACCUUUGGCUGCAGAAGUUGCAUUGUGCACGCGCAACCGUCCAAGAUGUCGGCCAAUACGGAGACGUCGCGAACUCAUGGCACUGCAAACAGGAGUACCGGUUGCCAGAUGCUUAUCAGCGCUUGCCCGGCAGAGACUUCGAUUUCGGGGAGGGUCUCUCGGUGGAUCGCGAGGACACGCAUGGCAGGCUCCCAAAGUCGACUGCUACAGCCUGCUCGGUGUUUCAGAGACGGCCAGUAUGCAAGACAUCAAGAAAGCCUAUCUUCGGCGCUAAACAGGCGCAUCCCGAUGUCAUGGGCUGCGGCUCGAACGACAUGGUCCAGCUCAAUCUCUGUUAUGAGGCCCUCACCCAGAAGCGUCGGGAGUAUGAUGCUGCAAAGGGAACAGGUCAGAAGACCUCUUCCAACUCCAGCUCAGCCAGCUCCUCCACGUGGAACACUCGAGAAGCGUGGUGGCGUGCUCAGGGUGGGUUCGAGGACCAGGACGAAGACUACCAUCCGUUCCAUUUUCAAGACUUUGCAGAAAGGAAGUGGCGCCCGAAAAGGGAAAAUGGCAGGCGCCGGCCUUCCUGGGAAGACUUUGCACAGAUGUGGGACGAGGGCGAGUUUGAUGCUCGGGAUCGAGGGCCGCGCAAGAAGCGUGGCCGCCGGGCGGCGAGGAGAGUACAAGAUUGGAGCAGCGAUGAUGAAGAGGAGAUGGACUGGCGUCAGCGGCCGCCUGGCCAUGGCAGCCAAGCACGCGGCUCACACUGGCAGGAUUCAUCAUCCAGCGAGGAUGAACAAGAAGAGGAGCCAAGAGGCCCAAAGUCAGGCCGGCAGGAGGACAUUCCAACAGAGCUGUGGAUUGGAGUUCCACAACGUGGGCGCAACAUGCGAUGGGAGAACGUCGGUGGAGGAUACCAAAGGCUUGAGGCUCUCUUCAACGGGCGACCAGCCUUCAAGAAGAGUGGAGAGUACAAUGUCUUUAUCUUUUGGAGCCAGCAGUUCGGAGAUUGGAAAAUCGCGGAGCGGCUUCAGGACGAUGGCGCCUGUCUGGGCUUCGCAGAGGACAUGCGAGGGCGCCGCAGGCCGUGGCUGCAACAUCCGCCUCUGCGAUGGCGCCUGUGGGAACCGACUGCACGCCGUUAUGUUCCCAAGCGACUGACCGUGCUUGAUGGACCAGACAUUUCAGGAAAAGACUGGAAGACCACUCACGAUUCGCAGGACAAGGACGACUUGGAUGAUGAGGUGCCAUGGUCGCGGCCACAUUGGUCUCAGUGGUCAACCACCGAUCUCAUUCGUUGGUGCGAACGGCGCAACAUUGAUCUUAGUGGUUGCUUUGAUCGGGAGGCUGUCGUGGAGCGAGUUAUGGCCCUCGCAAGACAGGAGAUGGCCCGAGACGAUGAUGAUUACGAAAGGAGGGACCGCGUUAGCCAAGUCCGCGUGGCUUCUAGGGUAAAGACAGACGGCUCGUACACGAAGCCGCCUACGCUGGACCGGCGGAACUCUCUGUACGGCAACCGCAUUGAGAGAUUCUUCGGCCCUGAAGCUGAUGUGCUGCCAUGGCUCUACAGUGCUGGAGACAAGUCCAGGCUCUACGGCGUGUUUUUCGGAAAUGAGUUUGCUUACAGCCUGGUGUGGAAGAGGCAGAAGUUCUGGGGGCGACCCGGAACCAGGACAAGUCGUGAGGAGCGGUGGUAG